AUGGAGGGAGACAGCUAUAUCGAGCGCAAGAUUGACUUUGUCACGGGUCAUACUGGCAGUAAUCACUGGGACAUCACUCAAGUGACAUUGGUCGCUCCGAAAUUCUUCGACCCUUACACAACAUCAGCAUAUCUGACUGAUUUCUUGCUUCAAGUCGGAGCCAUUCUUUUCGCCGUCACAGUGUAUUCCGACAACCCUACUGUGCUUAUUGGACUACUUUUGAUUCCCGCAAUUGGUACUGUUGUCAAUGGCGACAAUGUCGACCACAGAUUUACCAAGCCUGCAAAGCCUCCUGUGAAGGAUGAUGCCGCUGGACCCCCUGAGCCUGUUGACUUGGUCCCUAUCAAGCCUUUCAUUACCACUUACAGGGGUGCCAUGAUGAUCAUCACCUGUAUCUCUAUCCUGGCUGUUGACUUCCCUGUGUUCCCUCGUCGUUUCGCAAAGGUCGAGAACUGGGGUGUUUCUCUUAUGGAUCUUGGUGUGGGUUCUUUCGUCUUCGGUGCUGGUCUGGUUUACGCUCGUCAGCAACUCAAGGAAGAGGAAGAGGAUGCACCAAAGGCCACCUUCGCCAGCAAGAUGAACUCUGCAGUUAUGCAUUCUUUGCCUAUGCUUGCUCUUGGAUUCCUUCGUCUCUGGUCCGUCAAGGGUCUCGAGUACCAGGAGCACGUUACUGAGUACGGUGUUCACUGGAACUUCUUNUUCACUCUUGGACUUCUGCCUCCUUUUGUCACUAUUCUCCAACCCGUCAUCAAGUUUAUCCCCUCUUACAGCGCUCUCGGCUUUGCGCUGCUCGUCCCUUACGAGAUGGCAUACACCUACUCCAACCUUGGAUUCUACAUGUUCAUGGCACCUAGAGACGACUUUCUUUCGGCCAACCGCGAGGGUAUUCUCUCUUUUCUAGGCUACCUCGCCAUCUUCAUCGUCGGACAGGGCAUUGGUAUGGAAGCACUUCGCCGUGAUGUCAACGCUGCCACUCCCAUCACACAAAAUGAUGAGUGGGUUGCUGAGAUGCUCGGUGGAACGGAUAGCUUGAAGGAAGUUCGCAAGGUUCGCGAACAUAACUCGAUGCUCAAGCUUGCCAAGUGGACUGGUCUCUGGAUUGUUAUCUACGUCUUCCUGACAUGGAACUAUGGCCCUCGCUUGACUGUUUCCCGUCGUCUGGCGAACCUGCCUUACCUCGCAUGGGUUGCAGCUUUCAACUGUGGGCAGCUGCUCCUCUUCCGCGUUAUUGAGGGUCUGUUUUUCCCUCUUCUGUACACUUCUCGCGACAGGAAGGUUGAACAAGAGCGUGUCAAGAAGGCCACCAGCAAGGUUUUGAACGCCUUCAACCGCAACGGAUUGGCCAUUUUCUGCCUCGCCAAUGUUCUGACUGGCCUUGUCAACAUGACCAUGCCUACUUUGGACUUGAAUGAUUUCCAGGCCAUGGCAGUGUUGAUCAGCUACAUGGGCAUCCUGACUGGUGUUGGUUUGAUCUUGGAUCAGCGCAACAUCACCAUCAAGCUAUAA